AAAGAACCCUUGCGGCGGUAAUAAAGUGCAAUCUCUUCAUUUGCAUACAGUGGAUUGAAGUAAAAUUGUUUUCUGUUAUUUACGUUUGUGAGAACCUUUUAAUAUGUGCAAGUAAAUAAAGAAAAUCUGGGUGAAUGUUUUGAACUUUGCAAAGUUUGUUAACUAUUGUUUUGCUAUAGCAAUUAUAUUGAAAUUGUAAAGGUAGCAACGAACAAAGCAUUAAAAACAAUGAACUAGACCAUAAAACUGUUUUUUUUUGGCUAUUUGUGCAAAAACCAUCAUAUAAUACAUAUAUAUACCUAAAAACAUCGAUCCUGGUCAUAAUGGGGUAUGAACCAUUUGAAGUGUAUUAAUUUUGUUUUUACUUAAGGGGAAACAAACAGUUUACUGCAGUAACAAAGUAUUAACCUUGCAAGUAAUACGAUAAUAUGGGUAAUUGCUUGAAAAUAAACAGCACAGAUGACAUUUCACUUCUGCGUGGAAGCGAAAGUAGCAACACACAUGAUUUCGCAACUGAUCAAAAUGGUCCGGCACCAAUUUAUUCGGAACUGCUUCAGCCUGUUUUCUUUCCGUCGCCAUCGGUUAGACGUCCAGCUUCACAUUUAACUGAGGAGGAGCAAGUGAAAAUCGCAAAGCGAAUUGGCUUAAUUCAACAUCUCCCGAUCGGCACUUACGAUGGCUCCAAAAAAAUACGUGAAUGCGUCAUUUGUAUGAUAGAUUUUUGUGUUGAUGAGGCAGUACGUUAUUUGCCAUGCAUGCAUAUAUAUCAUGUACACUGUAUUGAUGAUUGGCUUAUGCGUAGUCUAACUUGCCCCAGCUGUAUGGAACCGGUGGAUUCAGCGCUCUUAACAAGCUACGAGACAUCAUAACGUCAAUUUAUUUGAUAAAGUCCUUAUAUAUAGUUGGAAGAAGAUUUAUUUUUGUUUUUAGUUACUUUUGAAAAAUGUUAUUUUGUUUGCACAUGAAACAAACUGGAAAAUAUGCAUGUAGGUAUUAUAGCACUCAAACUAGUUAAAAUAUAACAUUUUUUUUAUAAAUUUUAAUUCUGUUGGAUCUGAUGGCAUAAUAAUGUACGCAAUAUACACGUAUAUUUUUUAGAACAUAUUAUUUUCCUGAUGUUAAGGUUAAAAUAUUUGUGUAAACCAUUUCGAAAAGAUUAUAUAAGCAGAAGUCACUAGAAAAAUGUUUAAAUGGGAGGCUUCCAUUUUUUGUAUAUAUACAAAUCAAACAUUGUGAUGAAAUUAAACUAAAAGGAUAUGAUAUACAUAGGUAAAUAAAUAUUUGAAGACACCAAGAGGGAAAAAUAA